AUGUCGACCUUACAGGAUAAGACGACAAUUGCGAGCAGCAUUGCUCUACGGCUUGCGGCGUUUGCUUUCUUGAGAAUUAUCCCCAGUGGUCACCUGAUACCCAUCAUCUAUUCUGCAUUCGCAUUAUACGUCCCAUCCUUCAUAUCGAGUUUCUUCACUCAAUCACCUUAUACUGUUCUAGAAGACGAAGUAGACAUCACGGUUACGGAGACGGAAUAUGAAGAUCAACCUCCAGAGUUCGCUUCCACAGCGGCGCAUUCUCAGAACCUCCCAGAGAGUCAAAAACCCGCACAUACUGAAGAGGAGGUCGAAAUUGAAGAGACGAUAGUUCUCGAAGAGAAAUCGGCGCGACCAUGGAGGACGCUCCUGACCGGUCUGCCAAGUCCUACUUCCACAUUGCUGUCGCUAGCAACGUUCUUGUUGAAUAGUUUGUUGGUGUUGGCUGCAACAGAUUUAAUAUACCGAGGAAAGACAUUCUAUCCCAGCCAUGAUCUCUCGUUUGCGCGGAUGGGAUAUGUUUCCCCUACCGAAGCGAACUUGCUGGUUAGGGAGCCAGACACGUCGAAACUUCCUAUUUUCGUCUCUUACAGACUAGCAGAUACGCCUGCGUCAUACGAAACUCCUGCCUGGCAAUCUGCUGGAAAAAUUCUAGCUUUAAGUAACGAUACCGACUUCACUGCACCCGUCACCUUUCCUAUUCCAAGCCACGCGGAUCGUACCUAUCAAUGGAUUACUUCAAACAACCAUACAGGUUUUUUCACGGUCCCCCCCAAGCCAGGUAACACUGGAAAAUAUGGAUCUUUCACGUUCCUAACGUCCAGCUGCAUCAAGCCGCGAUUUCCCUACAACCCCCUGCAUCAUCCAUUGGCUAUCCCUGGAUUCAGAUAUAUGCGCGAAGUUAUCGACUCAAUACCUGGUGGACCCCAGUUCAUGCUCUUCCUCGGCGACUUCAUCUACAUUGAUGUUCCAAAACGUUUUGGUGUUACAACUGAGGAUUACAGAAGAGAGUAUCGCCAAGUCUAUUCUUCGCCAGACUGGCCGCUUGUUGGCCAGAACCUUAGCUGGAUCCAUGUCAUUGAUGACCAUGAAAUUGCCAAUGACUGGGAUGGAAACAUCACUGGAGUAUACACCGCAGCUACAGACCCUUGGCAUAACUAUCAGACGUCUGUCAAUCCACCAAAGGCUCAUCAGGCUGGCAGAUUUAACACCCUCCGAGAAGAUGCGACUUACUUUGAAUUCACCCAGGGGCCCGCAACCUUCUUCAUGAUGGAUACGCGGACGUAUCGAGACCCCUCCAAUGAGCUACCAGUCGAUAGUCCUGACAAGUCCAUGAUGGGAGCAGAUCAAUUAGCUGACCUUCUGGCCUUCUUAGCGAAGCCCGAACCAAAGGGUGUCAAAUGGAAGAUUGUUGUCUCUAGCAUACCGUUCACCAAGAAUUGGCGUGUAAAUAGUGUAGAUACUUGGGCAGGAUACCUUCACGAACGACGAAUCAUUUUGGAAGCCAUGUGGGAUGUUGGUCUCCGAGGUGGUGUCGGGGUCGUUGUCUUAUCAGGAGAUCGACAUGAGUUCGCCGCAACAGCAUUUCCACCGCCAGCUGGAGGUAGGUGGCCUAUUAGUGCUACCGUCAAUGAGUUCUCGACAAGUCCACUCAGCCAGUUUUAUUUGCCUACUCCUACCUAUCGUCAGACAGAUGAAGAAGACGUGAUGGUCAAAUACAUUCCUAACGGAAACUCAAAACUUGGAGCGGUCACUAUUGAAAAUGCCGCAAGUGAUCAAAGCAUUUUCAAGUUUAAAUUAUAUGUAGAUGGAGUUGAGGCAUGGUCCUCAAUUUUACUGUCCCCUCCAGUUGUUUCUGGAAAAUCGCGCGGCAAAGAUGCGCUAUGGGGAUAG